GCAUGGCCAACACUCACAAUAUCCAAUCGGCCACUGCUAAGAGCAUCCGUCCCUUUAAAUCCAGCGAGGAAUACCUGUUCGCCAUGAAAGAGGAUCUAGCCGAGUGGCUGAAUGAGCUGUACGGGUUGGAGAUGGGUCUGGAGAGUUUCAUGGAGGUUCUGGAGACGGGCUGGGUGCUGUGCCAACACGCCAACAAUGUGACCAGGGUGGCUCAGGAUUUCUCCCGGGAUUACCCCGAGCUGCUGUCCAAACAGAAGCUGCCUCAGGGCGGGGUCACCUACACCACCAGUGCCCAGCCUGGCACCUUCCUGGCCCGGGACAACGUCUCCAACUUUAUCCAGUGGUGCCGGAAGGAACUGGAGAUUAAAGACGUGCUGAUGUUUGAGACAGAGGACCUGGUCCUGAGGAAAAACGAGAAGAACUUUGUGUUGUGUCUGCUGGAGGUGGCGAGGAGGGCCUCCAAGUUCGGAAUGUUGGCUCCAGUCUUAAUCCAGAUGGAGGAAGAGAUUGAGGAAGAGAUCCGCGAGGAGAUGGACUUACCAUCAGAGAUCAUCCCUCCAAAACCCAAACCACAGAAGGAGCUGUGUGAUUUCAAAAACUUGGAUGAAAUGGUUCGUCACCUUGUGAGUCGCUGUACCUGUCCUGACCAGUUUCCCAUGGUGAAAGUCUCUGAAGGGAAGUACAAAGUGGGAGACUCCAACACUUUAAUUUUUGUGAGGAUUUUACGGAAUCAUGUGAUGGUGCGAGUGGGUGGGGGAUGGGACACCCUGGAGCAUUACCUCGACAAACAUGACCCCUGCCGCUGCACAUCGCUCACUCAUAAGCAGGUAUCCAGAUUCAGCAGCCCCCACAGGUCCGCCACACCUGUUCAUGAGAUCAAGGCUCGCUUGCCACCCAGGACAGAGCAGACAAACAAGCCGCAGACAGCCCUCAUUCUGUCAAGAUCACAAAGCCUCAUGCCUCCAGUGGAGUGGAGACUAAACACAUCAUCUGCUCUUUCUCUGAGGAGUCACAGUGCUGUUCGGCCCCCAUCACCAGAUGUUCACACUACCUCUGGAGGUAAUUCAGCUGCGAGGGUGCCCCGGGACAAGUCAGAGCCACGGCAGCCCUUUCAAACCAGGCAAAAAGAUCGGACACCUACUCCUUCUUACCAGAUGUCAGUCAAUGUUGGCAGCACCAGAGCCAACUCCAACACUACUACAGCAGCUAGAACAGGGAGAGAGAGGAACAGGACUUUACCAGUAUCUUCAAAACCAUAUCCUGUAGCUCAAGAGAGCAAACGCACCAUUGUGCCUACAAUGGACACCAAGAAAGUACCAAGUCAACUUCUUGUUCCUCAACAAUCAGACAACAGGUUGAACCGGACUUGGACUAAUGCCCAGUUUGUUGAGUCCAAAAUGGACCAAAGUAACUCAAAUGAGAACAAACAGAGCACUAGUGCUUUAUCACAGACACUCAAACCUAUUUCAGAAAUGACCUCCAGGAUCUCCAAAGGUUCAGCAAGGAGUAAUUCGCCUGCACCUGUCCGAGUGAGUAAGUUCUCAAUCAUUCAGGACACUGAGAAGAGAGUUGAGAAAGGUCAAAUAACUCAUCGACUUCUUAGCCCAGCUGGUACCUGGCAAGAAAGCUGUCGGCAAGAAAUGAAAUGUAUCAGCAAACCUUUAACUGAUGGAGCAAAACAAUUGACUCAACAAAAAAGUCAGAUUCAGUCACGGACUCCAGACCCUUUCAGCAUAAAUAACAACAACAAUAAAGGUGUUAAAAAUGACAAGGAUGAGCUGUGUUUAUUCACACCUCCACCCAUUAAUCCUGCACAAGAGUCAGAACUAUACAAAAGCCUUGAAGAUGAAAUUGCAUCCAAUAUGAAAGCUCUAGAGGUGGAUUUAGUUAAGGACAAUUUGGAGUACAGUGGGAUCAAUGCAUUUGCUUCAGUGUCCAGUUUGUCUAGUUCUUCAAAACAGAAGGAAUUUAAAAGAUUCGACUCUCCCAGUUCAUCCAAGUGUUCAGUUUCCUCAUUCCCAGAUGCAACCAGUCCUUUUGAUUACGUUGAUAGACCUUGCAGCUUCAGUAAUGUGGCUUCAACCCGGUCAAUAAAAGUGACUGAGAAUGGCAGCAGUUUUAAUGCUGUUCUUUCUGAACUUGUUAGCGGAACACAGAAGCUCAACCGUGUGGACAUUGAGAACUGGAUAGCAAAGAGCCCACCAAAAAUGAUAUUCACUGAUGCUAAUGCCAAUCUACAGACGGCAGCUUUGGGUUCCGUUGAAACCAGUAAACUGUUUCCCAACAGAAUUGAAGUACAAAAUGAACGAUACGCUGGAUCAGCGCCUGUUCAAAGCAACCAAGAUAACAAUGGCUUAAAGGACACAAAUCUGGGCAGUAUGAAAAAUCAUACAACGCCUGCUCAGAAUAUUAUGAAUGCUCUUGAGGUGAAUUCCAAGUCCACAAAUGAAGGAUCUGAAACCAAUUCAUCAUUGGAAUGGUCAGAUCCACCCUGCACUCUCCAGAAAGUCAGAGUUCAACAAGAGAGGCAAAAGCGGUCACUAAAAAAACCAGAGAGAGUCCCUUCCAUCUACAAGCUGAAGCUUCGGCCCAAAAUACGCCCCAGACGUGAUAAUAGACCUGAAAAGAAGCCAUCGAAAAUUCCCACUCCGAUAUCCUACAGAGUGGCAGAUAAAACAUUAAAAGGUAUGACAAAAUCUGGAAACUCCCACAAAUUCCUCAAAGCCAACAGCAAGAUUUCAAAGUCUAAAGGGCAGGGAAAACAAAUCCCAACCUUGUAUUUCACAAAACCUGAGGAAAAUCGUUUAGGAGAAGAUCUUUCUCAGCACAGUGUCUCACCAAGAGGCAGAACUGCAGUACAACAAUCCAUCCUAGAGGACACUGAGCAAAGAAAAGAAGAUGAAGAAUCCUGGGUUUAAAAGCUUGAAAAAAAUAGUUACAAAUAUCUUGUCCUCAAGCAAUUCUUUGCAGGCCAUCAAUAUUUCAGUGUGGGUCAUUCUUCAAAACAAAUACUUCAAAUCCCAGUACUUAAUUGAGUGGCAGAGAAACAGUCCAGCAAAAUCCACUUGUCACUGAAAUCAAACAAGUUUUCUAAUGAAGUUAAAUGCGAUGAUAAUUGCAUAAACAAAGGUACAAGAAAACAAGAACCAUAAAAAUUGCACUAUUUAAUGCUAAUUAUACCUAAUAGAGAAGAUGGCACUAAUCUCAAUCAGAUGUGGUAAAAUAUUUGAAGCUCAAGAAUUGAGAGGCAUCAUGAAUUGCAUAUUUAUUCAUCUUUAUUUUAUAACAUGAUCAGUUUAGACUGACUCCAUUAAAGUGUUGGGUUCCUAAAAUAAUUGUUUACAAAUUCUGAUUUUUUUAACUUGUUUACAAAUAAAUUCACUAAUGAUUAUAAUGAACUUAAGUCACCUUUAUAGAGAUGGUUGGAAUUUGCUAUCUUUUUUAAACCUUGUCUCAUCAGAUCAUUUCUGAUGUUUUUUUAUUCGCACAUUGUUGGAUAUUAAAUCCUAAUUUAUCACCUGUAUUUAUAUUUCAAUAAGAAUCUGAAGUGACCAGUGGACUGGUUCUUUGUCUGACACCUUGAUCUCUAGCCCACUCCUGACUUACCAGUAAGUGUGGGCCAGGGCAAAUUGAACACUAAAGUAUGUAAGUGAGUACAUUUUAAUUAGAGUCAUGCCAUUCAGGGUGAUGUCAGGAAACACUCCUUUGCACAAUUGGUAAUGGAAAUCUGGAACUCUCUCCUCCAAAAAACUGUCAAUUGACAUCAUUGCACAUUAUUCUUGAUUGGAAAGCAGCUAAGGAUUCACAAUUCUAGUUGACUAUUUCUUGGUAACAACGGCUCAAUUGAAAAUUUCAAAAUGGGAACUGAUAGUAUUUUGUUAGGUAGAUGUAUUAAAGGUUACAGAAGCAUGGCAGUAAAUGAGUUAUUAUACGGAUCAGCCAUGAUAAUUGAAUAGCGGAACCAGCUCGAAGUGAUGAAUGCCCUAAUCCCAAGAUAUGCAAAUGAAAGGAGGUUAUACUGAAGCUGUAUGCUGAGUGUUAACAUAGUCUGGGAUAAUGGCUGUGGUUAUUGGGCGGAUGUCCUCUUGUGCUCUGUGUGACGUUGUUAUUAAUACACUUAGGAUUUUGCUAGAUCGAGUGCACAUCGUUCUUGAUUGGAAAGCAGCUGAGGAUUCACAAUUCCUUUUUCUUGGUAAAAUGGUUCCCCAGUUCACUGAGUCCUCCCAUCCACGUACCCAGAGACUUUCAAUUCUAUGGUAUCCAAAUCUUAAUCAGAAGUUAUUUUUGUUGCCUUGUCUUCGAUAAUUUUUUUUGCAGUCAAUUUUUUUUCUGGAAGAGGAAUAGACAAUCAUAAUUUUUUUCAAUAAAGAGACUUUUCACUUAAA